AGCAAAAGUGCAACCGCAGAUCGACCGGAGAGUCGAAGCUGGUCGAACGGCAAAAACUCGGCCCCGGUUGGCCCGUGCACGGAAUUCGAGGUGGACGGAAGAAAAGUGGAAAACUUGCCCCGUCGGGACUAGAGGUGUGCGUUCGUGUGAGCGUGAGUUGUGAUCAUUAAGCACUGGAAGUUGGAAAAACAAUCCUUUUCGGUGGCCACUAGCCGACAGCCGUUGGGAACGAUCGUCGUCGUGUUCUGGGCUGGGCCAGACACUGUCCUAGCUCUGCGUGUGAUAUAAUAAGCGCCUGUGGAAGCGCUGAUCGGGAGCUCGGAGUGAUAUUUUUACUGUCGCCGUUGUUCGCUGCGCCACUUUCACUGCGAGACCACCUUACUAAACUCGCCACAGGGACCGUUUUGCGUGAAAAAAGUGACACAAUCACCGUGUUGUGAUAAAAAAGUGGUACGAAAAAUAUCACAAGACAUUCUUCUGGUGUCUGGUUCGGUUCGUCCGUGAACGAAUACUUUGGACGGCAAGAUGAGCCCGAAACCGCACGAUUUUCUGGUCACCCUGAGGCGUCCUUCGCCCCACGUCCAGUGGGGUAUCAGGCUCGUCGGGGGUACCGAUCUGAACGCGCCACUCAUCAUCACACGGGUACAAGUGAACAGUCCGGCCCAGGCGGAACUGCUCCGGGGUGAUAUUAUUACCAAAAUUGACCAGUACGAUGCACGCGACCUCACGCACAACGACGCCCAGAACAUGUUCCGUAAUGCCGGCAACCAGAUGAGGGUAACGGUGCGCCGCGACGACAAGGUCGCCCUCCACCAGAGCGCCCAUCCGGUCAACGGGAAUCCGGUUCCGCCGGCCAGCUAUGCCCAGCCGUAUCAGCCCUACGUGGACGCAGUAGCUCCGACCCCAGCGGCUCCGGCUCCAGUCCCAGCCUUCCAGCCUUCCAAGCCGCAGCCACAUCAGAACUUCCCACCACCGGACCCGGCCCAACUCCUGCCGACAAUCUCGUCUCCGUUGCCACACGGCCCACAGUCGUAUGCCGCGGCUCUGGAGCAUCCUCUGGAGACGCUGCCCCACACCGUCUUCCCAGGAGUGGACGCAUCCGGCGCGUAUCAUCUGCCCAAGCAACCGUACCCUCCGCCGGCUCCCAUCGGGCUGAACGAUGCCAGCGAAGCGAUUGCCAAUCAGCCGUACCGUACCACGCCUCUCGUCCUGCCCGGUGCCAAAGUACCGAAGAAGGAUACGCUCCCGACAGAGUCUUACCUCAGACACCAUCCGAACCCGGCCAUGCGUGCCCCGCCGGCCCAUGACUACACAGACACACUGAUGAAACAGAAGCUCGCUGAAACCGUGAUUCAUCGAGUGAUUGGCGAUGAGCCACCGACCGGUCCGAAGGUCGUUCACAAGCAAUUCAACUCACCGAUCGGUUUGUACUCGGACAGCAACAUCGAGAACACCCUCAGACAGAGCGCUCCACAGCAGACACAAACCGUUCCCCUCGCACUUCUUGUUUCUAGAAUAUUCAUCGAUCUGUCCUUCCUGAGGCAAAAGCAAAAGAUUCUGGACGAGCAGCGGCGCCUGGAGCAGGAGCGGCAGCAGACGAAACAGUAUCCCUUCCCAUCGUACGCCCCACCGGCAUCGGUAUCUCGCCAGCAAGCCCAAAGUCCCCCGCCGGUACCGCCACUGCCGGAAGCGUACCAACCGCACAACCUGCACCGUUCAGCGCAGUGAUCCACCGUCAACAGCACAACAGAGCUCAGAAAAAAACUACAUUUACUGAUUGGACCCGCCUUUUGCCCGCCUUUGAAUGUCCUUUGAAAACUUUAAAAUGCCGUUCCCGUUCUAGUUAAUUCAAUUACGCGACUCCCAGUUCCGUUUGCUAACGAUUUUUGUUUGGCUCGUUGUUAUGUCUGACAAGUGGAGUGAUACUUAAAUUAAUUGAUUACCGAGAGGACCGAAAACCGGAGAACCGAAACUCUCGUUUUGACGUUCUACCGAUCCCGUUGUCUAUCUGGGACCUGUCUAUGUGUGAUAAUUGUUUAAAAAUAUUCAACUUGUUAAGUUUGGACCAAUUUAUCGUUAAAUAUCCUAUUGAGAGCAAUUAGAAUGAGGUAGAGACAAAUUUACUAUUUUUGAUUAUACACGCAGCAAAAGUAAGUGUUGUCCUCGCUGUUAAUUGAAAUCUAUGACAAACUUCGAAGGAACCGAACAUAAAUUAAAAGUAUCAACAUGAAUCUUCUACUUAACCUAAUGGGGCCAAAGUUCCGCUUUGGGGUGCAAGCAUCCCAAAAAGAGAAGCACAGGGCUAACCGUGGCUUUCAACAUGCAGCGAGGAAAACGCGUUUGUGACUUUCGUUGCAACGUUUUCCUAUACUGUUUUUAUCUAGCUGUUACGAGAUUUUGAUAUUUACACAUAUUUCUAUGUUACUUUCCGGAAUUUAUGCCCCUGUUAUUUGAUAUUGUUGAUUCAUUUAUUGUUUACCCCAAAAAUUGGGACUACUAACGUGAGUGUGUUUUCCGUUGUGCCGUUUGUAUGUUAUUUGCGUACUGGAAGUCAAGAAAUAAACCACACAAAGCGCCUAAGACGUUCGGUCGGGUGUGUUUGUGUUCGUGCAUGUAACAUCCCCGGAGGGAGAUUUUGAGCAUUAAACUAACAAAGUGUCGUUCUUUUCUCUCUUCUCUCCAUUCGUCUGUUCGGUUUCGGUACCACCGACCGACCGACCGAACCCGUUGUCGUUCACCGAUGCAAAAUACCCAUGUUCUAUUUGUGACACCCGUUGGUGGUUUUGGGCGCGUCCAUCCGUCGUCCAUUUGGAUGUAAAUUUUUUUGAACGGCACUUUGCGCCGCUUCAACAAAAUAAAACAACACCCGAACACUGGUCCACAACGGACACAUCGCCACAACAACAACACUCACAUCAACUGCUUCACCGAUGGCCAAAAAUAAAACAUCACUUCCAUUUUGGCGUCCGCACGAUCGGUCGGUGGGGUUGUUGGACAAACGGGUCCCGGCCAAUAGCUACAAGAAAACCGUCGUCUUUGAUCCGUGCAAGAGCGAAACGUACCGUGCACUGCAGGAGGGCGGCGGCGGAGAGGGUCUGCAGGAGGUGCCGAACCCGAUUCAGCCGAAAACCUUCCACGCGAACCGUCUGGUGCCA